CUAAUGGACUAUUGUAGCCCCAUUAAGUACAGAGUUAAUAGACGCCGUCGUAUUGCUGGUCGUAUCAUACGCAUUGCAUUCCAGCUUCCUCCUCGAUGAGGAAAUUCCUAAUUUCCAAAGCCUGAUAGCAAAAAUGUUAAUGGAGUCAUCGUCUCUAUCUUCUCAAUUCACACCGAAAAGGCCAAUUACAAGGGACUCUGGAAGAAACCCUGGACAGUCACUUCCGGGUUUUGUAAAUUUACACAAAUAUCCCUCCAAAAGCAGAAAUUUAUUAACAAGAUUGUGUUUGGCCUCUGGAAAUGGCGCUGUUAAUAAGUUACAUAGUGUUGGUGAAAGAGACGGCGUCAUCAUUGUCGACCAUGGAUCGCGUCGCAAGGAGUCCAAUCUUAUGCUUAAUGAGUUCGUGGUCAUGUUUAGAGAUAAAACUGGGUAUCCGAUUGUCGAGCCUGCCCAUAUGGAGUUGGCAGAACCAUCAAUAAGUGAUGCAUUUGGUUUAUGUGUUCAACAAGGUGCAAAUCGUGUGAUUGUAAGCCCAUUUUUCUUAUUCCCUGGACGGCAUUGGCACCGGGACAUACCUUCUUUAACAGCUGAUGCUGCGAAGGAGCAUCCAGGCGUGUCAUAUAUCAUAACUGCACCUCUUGGUUUACAUGAGUUGAUUGUGGAUGUUGUUAAUGAUAGAAUCGGACACUGCUUAAGCCAUGUAGCCGGAGAUGCAGCUGAGUGCUCAGUUUGUGCUGGAACAGGCAAAUGUCGGGAAUACUGAUUAAUGAAAGUGUAAUAGAACUCUGAGGAUCUAUCUGAAGCACGGGCAUGUUUGAACACAAGGACAGAAAAAAGUGACCGGUAAAUUUGAUAACCGAUUAUAGCACCAGCUAAACUGUUCUGUAGGCUACAUGUUAAAUGAUACUGUUAUUUGUCGGCGUCCAAUCAAAUGGAUUGUGGACGUUUAUGAUCAUCUGAUGUAUAAUGUUUUUUAGGUAUUAGAAAGGGCCAAAUUUUGAUGUUCCUCUUUGCAAAUAUUUGGUUCUGGAAAGUUAAUGUUAUUUGAUUGUUCAUGGUAA